CUCCCAAAAUUUCGAGAGAAAGUUCUGUGGCGAUGAUGAAAAGCUGCACCACCUUUCUCUUUGCUCACACCCUCCCUCAUCAAACAACCAACUCUCUUGUCUACCCACUCUUCACACCCCCUCUUUCCUCUCAGAGCACCCACAUCUGAGCCCCCCCACAUCUGUCUCUUCACGGCCUCAUUGAAGGCUCACUGAGACGCUUGAUUCAUUCAUACAAACGUCGCCACACUCCCUCACCCACCCUCAUUCACUCACUUUCAAACACCCCACGACCUGACAGUCGACACCAUCACUCACCACCCACAAACAAGACGUGAUCAUGGCUGACUCCCUCAACAUGAACGGCCUGUCCCUCAAGGACUCUCAGCACGCUCCUCAGUCCGGAGGUCCGCAGCAGAACGGCUUCUCCGAGCGUGCUGCCUACAUCCCCCCACAUCUCAGAAACCGACCUGCUGCUCAACCCGCCGAGCCCAACGGCUUCGACGGCGGCCCUGCCCCCAUGAGCAACGGACUGGACAGCAGUGCCUGGGCUGCACCAAACGGGUUCCACGACGAUGCCCCUCGCGCAAACAACUGGGCCAGUGCCCAAGCCUUCACCCCCCGUGGCAACUUCAGCGACGGCCCACAGCUGCCCCGUGGCUUCGAUCGUAAUGCCUAUGGCGGCGGCGGCGGAGGCUCAGCUCCCUCUCGCGGACCCAUGGGCUCAGGAGAUGGACAGUGGAGGGAUGGCAAACACGUUCCCGGUCCCCCCAACGCUCGCCUUGAGCGUGAGCUGUUUGGCGUUGCCAACGACCCGUCAAAACAACAGACCGGCAUCAACUUCGAGAAAUACGACGACAUCCCGGUGGAAGCGUCAGGACAAGGCGUGCCCGAGCCAGUGAAUGCCUUUACCAACCCUCCUCUCGAUGACCAUCUGCUCACCAACAUCGACCUGGCCGGCUACAAGGUGCCAACGCCCGUUCAAAAAUACUCCAUCCCUAUCGUCAUGUCCGGCCGUGAUCUCAUGGCUUGUGCUCAGACCGGUUCAGGCAAGACGGGUGGUUUCCUCUUCCCCAUCCUCUCGCAGGGAUACCACACUGGACCAUCCGCCGCUCCUGUUCAAGGCGGCGGCGGCUUCGGUCGACAGCGCAAAGCCUACCCCACCACCCUGAUCCUGGCACCCACCCGCGAGUUGACAUCCCAGAUCUACGACGAGGCCCGCAAAUUCGCCUAUCGUUCAUGGGUGCGGCCGUGCGUUGUCUACGGCGGUGCAGACAUCGGAUCCCAGCUCCGUCAGAUCGAGCGUGGAUGUGAUCUGCUCGUCGCCACUCCCGGUCGCCUUGUCGAUCUCAUCGAGCGCGGAAGAAUCUCUCUUGCAAACAUCAAGUACCUCGUGCUCGACGAGGCCGAUCGCAUGCUUGACAUGGGGUUCGAGCCCCAAAUCCGCCGCAUUGUGGAGGGAGAGGACAUGCCGGUGACUGCCAACCGCCAAACGCUCAUGUUUUCGGCCACCUUUCCUCGUGACAUCCAGAUGCUGGCCCGCGACUUCUUGCGAGAGUAUAUCUUCCUCUCUGUCGGACGUGUGGGCUCCACAUCGGAGAACAUCACGCAGAAGAUUGAGUAUGUGGAGGAUGGCGACAAGCGUAGUGUGCUGCUCGACAUUCUGCACACGCAUGGCGCUGGUCUGACGCUGAUCUUCGUCGAGACCAAGCGUAUGGCCGACUCUCUUUCGGACUUUUUGAUCAACCAAGGCUUCCCGGCAACGUCCAUCCACGGUGAUCGCACGCAGAGGGAGCGUGAACGCGCCCUCGAGAUGUUCCGUACCGGGCGUUGCCCCAUCCUCGUGGCCACUGCUGUCGCUGCUCGUGGGUACGUGUUUCUUUUCAUCAUUUAUCCUUAUCGUUCUCAUGAGCAUUAUACUGACUGCGUUCUGAACAGUCUCGACAUCCCCAAUGUUAAACAUGUCGUCAAUUACGACUUGCCCACCGACAUCGACGACUAUGUCCAUCGUAUCGGUCGUACUGGACGUGCUGGCAACACCGGUAUCUCCACGGCCUUCUUCAACCGUGGCAACCGUGGCGUGGUGCGCGACCUGAUCGACCUUCUCAAGGAAGCCAACCAAGAGAUUCCUGGCUUCUUGGAGUCUAUCGCUCGUGAGGGCACCGGCGGCGGAUUCGGCUCCGGUCGUGGCGGUGGUCGUGGAGGCGGUCGUGGCCGUGGCACAUCCGCCAUGAAGGACGUGCGUUCUUACGGAGGCGGACAGCGCCCUGCCUACGGAGGUGGAAUGGGCAUGGGAGGCUACGGCGGCGGCGGAUACGGCGGCGGCUACGGUGGUCCCGGUGGCAUGGGCGGCGGUGGCGGCAGCUACGGCAACCCCAGCGGCGGCGGUGGCCCUAACAGCUGGUGGUAGACUGCACGAAUGGCUCCCACAGACCUGGCUUCUGAUCUGCUACCGGACCGACGGCGUUUCUGCUUUUCUUCGAUUGCUUGGACUGGACCGGUUCGAGUGAGGACGCAGCGGCGAAUGCAUCGACUCUGCACUGCAUCAUCGCCUCCGGCUGACUCCAUCGGAUCGUCUGUUGCCGCUGCUCAUCACGGACAAUCCCGACUCCUUCACCAACUUCUUCACAUCACAUGGCGUUACUAAUAGAGGGGCGGGCGGGCUUUUCUACGCGGAGAGUGCGAGCCUUGGCUGGCACGGCGUGGAGGGGGUUUCUUUUUCUUUUAUGUUGCUGGGUUUUUGAUUUUCGACAAGCGAUCCUGCAUCAUCCAUCAUCGGCGUUAAGAGCGACCUGCAUU